UUCCGCCCGCCGCCGCUCUCGCGAGAUCCGUCGCUUCCGGCCCAAGCGCGGCCCUUUCCGACGAGACCCGGCCAAGAUGGCGGAGGUGGAGCAGAAGAAGAAACGGACCUUCCGAAAAUUCACCUAUCGAGGAGUGGAUCUGGACCAGCUCCUCGACAUGUCCUACGAGCAGCUGAUGCAGCUGUACAGCGCCCGGCAGCGCCGGCGUCUCAACCGCGGGCUGCGCCGCAAGCAGCACUCGCUCCUCAAGCGCCUGCGGAAGGCCAAGAAGGAGGCACCACCCAUGGAGAAACCCGAGGUGGUGAAGACUCAUCUGAGGGACAUGAUCAUCCUCCCGGAGAUGGUGGGCAGCAUGGUCGGCGUCUACAACGGCAAAACCUUCAACCAGGUGGAGAUCAAGCCCGAGAUGAUCGGUCACUACCUGGGCGAGUUCUCCAUCACAUACAAGCCAGUGAAGCACGGCCGGCCUGGCAUCGGGGCCACCCACUCCUCCCGCUUCAUCCCGCUCAAGUGAGGGCUGGGACACUGCCAGGAGCCUUUGCCACCUGUAAAUAAAGAGAUUUCUUUCUCCCA